UUCUUCUUCCGUCACUGGAAGAGUUGCUGCCCUUCACUUUUCCCAUGCUUUAGAAAGAUAAUCAGAAAAUGCCAACAAUAUAGAAAAUGUGUUUAGUUGAAGCUCCCAUCACAUCUGAAACACAGUUCACAUGAACUUUUUCAACAAUGUGUUCUGUUACCUUCAGUGCAGGAUGUUCAGUUUACUUUGUGACAUCUGCACUACACAUCCUGCAAUAUGAAGGUUUUGGUUGUGUAUUCAGUCACUGCGUUGUUUUUUAUGAGCCUUCCUGCUUUAAGGAUUCAAGAGCUGAAAUACAGACUGCAAAGAAGAGACCCAUUUUCUACUCAGCCUUUGACAGUAGGUCUUUAUUAGAUGUUCUACAAUGUUUGGAUUUUUGAAAACAAAUGACAAAAAAUGAUAUUCUUUGCAUUUUUUUGUUUCCUUUUGUGCACCAAAACCACCUUUAGGAGCGGCGUUGAAGCAAAGUUCUGUUAACUCUCAGUUAUUUUGAACCUUUUCUAUAAUUGUACAUGCUGUGCAUACUGGACUGAAGAUUUUGACCAUAAUUGGGUCAACUGGGUCACUCCUCACCAAAUGUUUGUGUGUGGUUUUGCUGCUUCAGACUAUGUCCACUGUAAGCUGGCUGUGUUCUCCGCCGCCUUAGCUGAUAUUUAGAAGUGCUAUUACCAAAAUAGGUGGGUGUACAUCUAUAUCAGGAAAAGGAAUAGUCAGUCGGGGUCGAGGCAGAUACCCUAUAGUGCUUUUACUGUAAGCUGAUCAUCACUAAAUCAUCAACACAACUCCCCUCAGGGACUUUAAAGAAAAGUCCUAACAGAGCAAAUACACACCUGAAGCUUGCUGUUAGCCUGUGCAAUCGGCGUCUUUAUUGUUCAUGCAGGCUGCGAGAAGAAAUUUUCAAAAAAUGCUAAGUCUUGGUGGUGGUUUGAUGUGUGAAGUUGGAGCUGCACCGCUGAGGACUUGUUUCCUCUGGUGGUGCUCGAGGGCGACUGCUCCACUUCCUCACCUUUAAAGACCAUAAUUGGGUGCUUUUGUUUGAUCUCACACAUUCCAGCUUUGCAAGGUGCGAGUCUAACAUUCCUGCUUUGCUUAGACAUUUCCUUUACCAGGGCCAAAGCCGUCACUCUGGCAGUAGGCUUGUUAAAAAUGAGUUAGUGGAAGAUGCACGGUUUAGGAUAGAACAUUAAAUCCCUGUAGAAUUGUACUGCAGUGGUUGUAGUUUGUUUAUUUUUGUGAGUAUCUUAAAUUUAAUUAAAGCCACUUGAAUUUGUGGGACAGAAUACUUUAGUGUCAUAUUGUGGGUCAGUUUUUCUGAUAGUGUUGUCUGUAGCGACUAAGCAUAUAAUCUACAUUAAGCGAUGAAUUAAAGUCAUAUUUUUCAGUGCCUGUCAAUUAUCCUAUCAAAUGCACAAAAAUACAUGUUUUGUAAUUAAUACAAUUAGUUUUUACACCUUUUUUGAACUCUUAUUUUUUUUUAUUGCAGACAGACUCAUUCGAAGAAGACAUUUUAAAAACAUACUUUUUCACAAUUUGACACUAGAAAAGUAACCAGAAAACUAGAAAAUUACUUAAUUUAAAGUUAAGUUGAAAACUACAAGAAUUAGAUGUAUUCUUUUGACGGAUUUAUUUAUUAAUUUUGAUGUCACCACAAGAUGGUGCUACAUUUUAUCAAGCAAAGAAGGGCAGAAGUGACAGAUGUGGGCUUGAGUGAUAGUGAACUGUUGGCUCUAUAGAAAGCUUGUUUUCAACCUGUUAGCUCAGUUUGUCCCUAAAAAAAAGUUUUACUGUAUUUCAGCCCAGAGCCCUGUGAUGUAAUACAGUCUAUUCCCAGAGGAUACUUGAUCUGCAGCACAUAUUGUCGCAUUCACUACUUCCUGCUUUGUAUUGAAAGGGAGUCUUGUGCUGACUUGCCUCCACCCCAGUCUGACAUUUUUUUUAAAUUAUUUUUUAUGAAACUACUCCUUAGCUGCCAACAUUCUGUGCUGUGUUUUUGUAUUUGCAGUUUAAACUCUUUGGAGUAGAUUUCAUGUGCUGACAAUAUAAAGACUUCAACACAGGAGCCUCAUCAAACAAAGCAAGUCCACUUAGGUUACUCCCGGGAGCUCUGUUCCAUUUUUGUCAAUAGUUCUGAUGGCAAUGAUAAGGGAUCCACAUAGCAUGCAUGAGGAUUUAGCCAUAGAACGAAUCGGUGUGGUGUUCAAAUUAAGCAGCACAAGCCAAGAGAUGACCUGAUAAGGCAGAGAAAUGUGAGCUAUUGAUGAUGGAGUGAGUACAGAGCAGUCAGAGCAGCUUUAAUCCUCAUUGCUAUCUACCUUCUCCUUUUGUGUCACCAUCUUGGACAUUUACUCCUCCCACAUGUCAUAUAACAGUAGAAUUACUGUGCACCAGUUGGAAUGUGCAUGUCUAUCAGCCCGAGUGAGAACAAUUGAGGAAGUCUGACAAAUGAAAGACCAGGAAAAAUGAAACUGCUACAUGAUACCUUUGCAUUUUCUUAAAAACAACACGCAUAUGAUGUGAAAGUGACUUUUUCUGUCUCCCGUUGUCACUGCAGCAAAUGACGUUCCCCUGAAUGAGGCCUAAUUGGGCCAAAUGAAAGUAUGAAAAAUAUUUGGUAACGAAUCAAAAUCGGUUACUUAAUUUACUCUUAUGUUAUGAAAGUUUUUGAAUAGGGGUGGAGAGACAAAAGCAGAGCAGCUCAGCCAUCACACAGUGACUCCUCCUCCAGCAGGCAAAGACCUCCCUCCUGUUUUAGUUCACUCCCAUCACUCUUAGGUUAGAUCACCAUCAGAGAGCUCCACAGUUCACUAGAGAAAGCCACAGGUUGCUCUCAGAGCACAACACAGGUGUGACUGCAUCAGAGUGAGGACACUUUCUCUGCCUGUUAAUCAUCAGCCUGGCACAGAGUCACUAAUUCCAGCCUUUUAUCACAGACAUUUGACUGACGUUGGGCUCUCUGUCAUUAUCUGCUUGCGCUUCUAUGGGUGUUUCAUUUUAGAAGCUCUUUUGGACUUUCUGAAUUAGAAGUUGAUCAGUUACAGUUUAAGUGUGCGUCUACAAAGAGCCUUAAAAUGAAUUUUGAUGAAAUUCUCUCUAUUAUUGGAGGCUUUGGGAAGUUCCAGAAGAUCUUGUAUGUUUGGAUCUGUAUACCUCAGAUCUUCCUGGCGUUCCACAUGCUGGUGUCGGUGUUUACCGGGGCUGUUCCUCCUCAUUUAUGCCGCUCCACGUGGCCCUCAGCGGGCACUCCAGACUCUUCAAACUUCAGCCGUCUGUUCACCCCCGAUGUCUGGCCUACGCUGUCCUGCAGCGUCCCUUUGAACCACAGCAAUGCAGCAACUCUUGGCGAAGGACACCCUACCGUGAGCUGCCAGGGGGGCUGGGAGUAUAGCACAGAAAUAUUCCAAAACACCAUAGUAACUGAGUGGGACCUGGUUUGUGACAAUGCCCGCCUGAACUACAUGGGCUCUUCCAUCUACAUGUUUGGCCUCCUUGUUGGUGCUGUUGUGUUUGGAAGCUUAGCUGAUAAAUAUGGUCGCAGGAUCAUCAUCCUCAUCAGCCUGGCUAUCCAGGCCACCUUCGGGGUUGCUGCUGCUUUUGCCCCGAAUUACUACGUCUACGUUUUCCUGCGCUUCAUGGUUGGAACAUCGAUCUCUGGGGUUAUCAUGAAUGCGUUCGUGCUCGGCACAGAAUGGACGGGAUCAAAGAAGCGGAUGCUGGCUGGUAUAAUCACUGACUACUUCUUUGGCUUUGGCUACAUUCUUCUGGCCGGGGUGGCUUACCUCAUAAGAGACUGGCGUAAACUGCAGCUGGCGAUAUCAGCACCGGGCUUCCUCUUCAUCUUCUACAUCUGGGUGUUGCCAAAGUCAGCUCGCUGGCUAAUGGCCAACGACAGGACAGAAGAAGCUUGGGAGCUAAUCCGGAAGGCAGCACAGAUGAACGGGAAGCCCCUCACUAAAGACCUUGAGAUGUGCCAGGUUUAUAAAACUGAGGAGAAAACUGGGACAAAGCAGAAACACUCUUUCCUCGACCUUGUUCGAACUCCAAAAAUGAGGAAGCAGUCUCUGAUUGUUUUCUAUCUGUGGUUCGUCAAUGUCCUCGUGUACUACGGCCUUUCCCUCAAUAUCUCUGACUUUGGAAUGAACAUCUACCUGACCCAGAUGAUCUUUGGUCUGGUGGAGAUGCCUGCGCGCACCAUUACUCUCUUCACCCUCAACCGAUCCCGCAAGAUCUCCCAGCUGGCUUUCCUGGCUGUGGGCGGCACUGCCUGCCUGUUGACCAUCUUCAUCCCCAGUGAACUGUCUAAUGUCAAAACCGUCCUGGCCAUGAUUGGGAAGUUUGGGAUCACAGCCUCUCUGUCCAUUAUUUACGUCUACUCAGCUGAAGUGUUCCCCACUGUUAUCAGACAAAAUGGGAUUGGGAUCAGCUCCAUGUGUGCUCGUACCGGGGGUGUCCUGGCGCCCAUGAUGUUCCUCCUGAAGGGCAUCAGUCCUCACGCUCCCAUGGUUCUGUGUGGCCUCUGCCCACUGCUGGGCUCUGCUCUCACCCUGCUGCUGCCUGAGACGGCCAACAAGCCCCUGCCUGACACCAUCGAAGACGUCGAGGGAUCCAACCUCAGUGAGGAGGAUGGAGGUGAGAAGCCAGGCCUCAUUGACGCUUCCAACACUUGGAGCAUCGACAUCACCAGGAAGGACUAAACACAACCACAGAACCAGAGCCAGCUGCCACAUCUCAUGAGACAGUCAGUAUUUUUUUAGGACUUUUCCAAAGACAAAAGUCUGCUUCCAGUGGAAGUCACACUUAGACUUUGUUUUUAUGGGUCUUUUCAAGCUACCCACAUUCUGAAUACUAAAACAGCAUAGUGUGUAAGUAUAUUUUUACUCUUCAUUCUUUUUUUUCUUUUUUUUUCUUUACUAUGUUUGCUUUUAUACGCCAGCUUUGCUUUUGUUCCAGUGUAUUAUCCUCAGCUUAUAUUGUUUUGAUGGUAGAACAAAAGUCAGUGUUUUAUUAUGAAUGAAACAUACUCCACUCAUGAAACUGUUGUAGGGUUUAAAAGUCGUAAAACACGAGUUCUCAACAAGCAUGUGUUGAUAUAAAAUUGUGCUAUGGCAGAUAUACAAAAUGUAUUGAAAGGAAACGCAAAUUACAAGACCCUCUUUCAGCAUUCGGAACACCUUUCUGCUGCAGUAACUUGAACUUGAAUCAUACAAGCAUAUCAGGUAACACAGUACUGGAUGCAAUACCUGCAGUUACCUGAGUGUAACCAUAAAGAUAGUGUGUUUAAGGCCUUAAAGGUGCACAAAUUAAUGAUUUUUCAUCACUUUUGUCGGCAGAGCAACAUUCUGGCCUCAUAAUACUUUAAUACAUCAUUUUGUAAAUGUGUUAGCAAACAGUCGCUCAUUUACACGGCAGACAAUCAUUUGGAAUUGCGUUUGUGCCCGCCCAGUGAAUGUGCACUAUUCCAGCCAAUGAGACGUUUCCAUUCUCUACAUACUAAUGAGGAGAAUAUUUGUCUGUUUAGCAGCUAAACAUCCCACUUUUCUUCUCAGCUGGUAGCUAACUGGUGGAAGAAACCAGAUCAAUGAGCCAAAAAAACGCUAAUAGACUCUGCAGAGCUGAGGGAAAGUAUGGAUUUGGGUGAAAAUGUGCUUUAUUUUUUUCUCAGUAUGGGGUUUGUUUGAUAUUACAAAUAUAUAAUUAAUCCAUUGUUGCCAUUAAUAUAUGACUUACUACAUUUUUAACCAAGACAGACACUUCUGUCCACUUUAGUCUAGGUUCAGUGUAUUUAAGGUUUACAGAUUUCUCUGCCACAAUGCUCCGUGAAAUUUUAGCGUUCUUCCGAAUUUGUGUCUAUAGUUUGUUUUUGAUCCUUUCUUCAUUCAUCAGGACAUUUCUCCAUAAAUGUUUUUUUCCACUUUGUGGUAGCAGAGCCUGACCUGCACAGCCUCCUGACCUCAAGCCAGAUACCAGCGUUUGUGUUUACUAUUGUUUCGGUGUCGUUUUAUACUUCUAUUGAUCUGUUAUGUAACAUUUAUGGACAUAAAUGCCGGUUCAUAUCCACCAAACAUUACUGAUACGGAGUACAUGUAGCGUCACAACCUUCUGACAGUAAGCAAGAAAAAGUAUUUUACAGUCAUCCGGUUAUAUUGGCACUGUGAAUCUCUUUUUUCUUUUAUACUUAAGCAUCAACAUUGUUUCAGGCUAAGGUCCACAUCUUCACAGAAUCAAUGUCAAGUUGUAGUAAAAGGUGAAGUGUACGGCGUCUUACACUGCACUCAUGUUUACGUGAAUGACCAGCAGCAGAAACUGUCUUUAAGGAAACGCUGACACUCGCUGGUGUGCAGAGAGAUUCUCAGCUUUUCUGGCAGCUCCACAACACAUACUUGAAAUUCUAUGUUUUAAAAAAAAACAACUAACAAAUAAACAUGCCGAUGCUCUGCAUGACUCUUACAUACAUCUGUAUGCUUUGACUUUUGCAUUUUGUCUGUGAAUCAAGCUGUUGAUAUUCUGUUUUUACGGACUUGAUUUGUACAAUAAAGGUUUAAGGGAA